CCCGUGUGUAGGACGGGAGCUGCCUCCUUUCCCUCUGGAUAUUCCCCUGGGAUUUUUCAGCCCUGUUCUCAAUGGGUUGGGGGUGUGUGGCUGUGCUGUGCUGUCCCCUCUGAUGUCCCUGUGCUGUCCCCAGCAGGGAGCAUGCAGAGUCCAGAGGGUGGAUCAGACUCAGCAGCUUCUGUGGCUCUUCACCCGUCGGGCUCAGCGCAGGCACCAGUGGUGCAGGCAGUGCCAGCCUCACAGCAGAGGGUUUUGGUCCAGGCCACAGGCUCUGCUCCCAAAGGAGCACAGAUGCAGCAAAUCUCUGUUCCCAGAGUCCAGCAGGUUCCACAGCAGGUGCAGUCUGUGCAGCACGUUUAUCCAGCCCAGGUGCAGUAUGUGGAAGGAGGAGAAGCUGUUUACACCAAUGGAACCAUACGAGCUGCCUACUCGUACAGCAGCGAGGCGCAGAUUUACGCCCCCGCCAGCGCCACGCCCUAUUUCGAAGCGCAGGGAGGAGGAGGAGGAGGAGGAGCUCAGGUGACUACAGCGACAUCCUCUCCUACAGCCAUUCCCUCUCACAACAUGGUGGGCAUCACCAUGGACAUUGGGGGAAGUCAGAUCCUCUCCGGCUCGGGAGCCUAUCUCAUUCAUGGGGGGCUGGAGAACUCUAGACAUUCUCUGUCUCACACCUCACGCUCCUCUCCAGCAACGCUGCAGUGGCUGCUGGAUAACUAUGAGACAGCAGAGGGUGUGAGCCUGCCCCGGAGCUCCCUGUACAACCAUUACCUGAGGCACUGCCAGGAGCACAAACUGGACCCCGUCAACGCCGCCUCCUUCGGGAAGCUCAUCCGCUCUGUCUUCAUGGGGCUGAGGACACGGCGCCUGGGCACCAGGGGAAAUUCCAAAUAUCACUACUAUGGGAUCCGCCUGAAGCCGGAGUCGCCGCUGAACCGCCUGCAGGAGGACACGCAGUACAUGGCCAUGAGACAGCAGCCCAUCCACCAGAAACAAAGGUACAGAGCAGCCCAGAAGAUGGAUGGGAUGGCAGAGAGUGCAUCCAACAGCACCCCCCACACCACCCCUGAGCAGUCAGUGGCUGCUCAGUGCCAGCACCACCAGCAGUUCAUAGAUGUAACCCACGUCUUUCCUGAGUUCCCAGCCCCUGAUCUUGGCAAUGUCCUCUUACAAGAAGGUUUCACCUUGAACGACGUGAAAACUCUGCAGGUUCUCUACAGGAGGCACUGUGAGGCCACUUUGGAUGUCGUGAUGCACCUCCAGUUCCACUACAUCGAGAAGCUGUGGCAAUCCUUCUGGAAUCCCAAGGCACCCCCUAGUGAUGGCCCCACUGCUCUGCCCUCCAGUGAAGAGGAACCCGAAGGGACCCUCCCAAAGGACAAACUGAUCACCCUGUGCAAGUACGAGCCCAUCCUCAAGUGGAUGAGGAGCUGUGACCACAUCCUGUACCAGGCCCUGGUGGAGAUCCUCAUCCCUGACGUGCUCAGGCCAGUGCCCAGCACGCUGACCCAGGCCAUCCGGAACUUUGCCAAGAGCUUGGAAGGGUGGCUGAUGAAUGCCAUGAGUGAAUUCCCCCCCCAGGUCGUGCAGACCAAGGUGGGGGUGGUGAGUGCCUUUGCCCAGACCCUGCGCAGGUACACGUCCCUGAACCACCUGGCGCAGGCGGCGCGCGCCGUGCUGCAGAACACGUCCCAGAUCAACCAGAUGCUCAGCGACCUCAACCGCGUGGACUUCGCCAACGUGCAGGAGCAGGCCUCGUGGGUGUGCCAGUGUGAGGAGGGCAUGGUGCAGAAGCUGGAGCAGGAUUUCAAGCUGACUCUGCAGCAGCAGAGCUCUCUGGACCAGUGGGCCAGCUGGCUGGACAAUGUGGUCACUCAAGUGCUGAAGCAUCACGAGGGCAGCCCCAGCUUCCCCAAGGCAGCCAGGCAGUUCCUGUUGAAGUGGUCCUUCUACAGCUCGAUGGUGAUCCGGGACCUCACCCUGCGCAGCGCCGCCAGCUUUGGCUCCUUCCACCUGAUCCGCCUGCUCUACGACGAGUACAUGUUCUACCUGGUGGAGCACCGUGUGGCCCAGGCAACAGGGGAGACCCCAAUUGCUGUCAUGGGAGAGUUUGGUGACCUCACAUCCCUGUCUCCAACACUGUUGGACAAAGAUGACAUCGAGCUGGGCACGGAGGGGGAUCCAGGAGAGCCUCUGGUGAAACGGGAGCGCAGCGAGCCCGGCCACUCCCUGCAGGACAUCUGACCCCUGGGCUGGACCCUGCAGGACAUCUGACACCUGGGCUGCGCUGAGCCAUCCAUCCGGAGCCAGGCGGGGCGUGCCGAGCCCGGCGCCCCCGGAUUUGCGUUAUUAUAGUGCCUCUUAGUUUCUCUUGAUGUUUACUCGUGUUUGAGGAUGGGCUGAGGCGGUUUUGGCUGCCAGUGUCCCUCCAGAGGGGAGGGAGAAGCUCCAGAGUCUGCUCUCUGUGGCCAGCAGCAGGUGGGAUGUGCCUGGCUGGAGGAGCUGUCCUGGCUCUGUCAGGGAAGGUGCUUUGGGUUCCUUCCCCACGUCUCAGACUUCACUGUGAUACAAACUUGAACCAAUCAGUGCCCAAGAAGAAGGAGAAAUGUCUGGCCCUUCUCCUGCAGCCUUUCCAGACCAGCUGUCCUGGCUCUGGAUUGCCAAAUCUCUGCACAGGGAGCACAGGGCAGUUGGUGUCCCUUGUCCCCCCUGGGAGAGGCUCCAGGCUGCACAUCCCGACGGACACAGCGUGCUCUGGGACUAUGGGAUGAGCAUUCCCACCUGCUUCCAUGGCUCCCCAGCCUGGAACUUCACCCCAAUGCUCCUGGGAUGCCAUCCGGCCAACUCAAAAUACCAAAGGACUCCGAGGCAGCUGGAGGCAGAGCAUGCCUGUUGUCCCACAUGCCGUGAUGGCCUGGGGCAGUCCCAUGGUGAUCCCAUGGCAAUCCUAUGGUGAUCUCAUGGUAAUCCCAUGGCAAUCCUAUGGUGAUCCCAUGGUGACCCCGUGGUAAUCCCGUGGCAGUCCUGUGAUGAUCCCAUGGUGAUCCCAUGGCAAUCCUGUGGUGAUCCCAUGGGGAUCCCAUAGUGAUUCCAUGAUGACCCCACGGCAAUUCCCUGGUGAUCUCAUGAUGAUCCCAUGGUGAUCCCAUGUCAAUCCCAUGGCAAUCCUGUGAUGAUGCCGUGGUGAUUCCAUGAUGAUUCCAUAGCAACGCCAUGGUGAUCUCAUGAUGAUCCCAUGGCAAUCCCAUGGUGAUCCUGUGGCGAUCCUGUGGUGAUCCCAUGGCAGUCCUGUGAUGAUCCCAUGGGGAACCCAUGGCAAUCCUAUAGCAAUCCCAUGGUGAUCUCAUGAUGAUCCCAUGGCAAUCCCAUGGUGAUCCUGUGGCGAUCCUGUGGUGAUCCCAUGGCAGUCCUGUGAUGAUCCCAUGGGGAACCCAUGGCAAUCCUAUAGCAAUCCCAUGAUGGUCCCAUGAUCCCAUGGUGAUCCCAUGGCAAUCUUGUGGUGAUCCCAUGGUGAUUCCAUGAUGACCCCACGGCAAUUCCCUGGUGAUCUCAUGAUGAUCCCAUGAUCCCAUGCAAAUCCCAUGGCAAUCCUGUGGUGAUCCCAUAGCAAUCCCAUGAUGAUCCCAUGGCGAUCCCAUGGCAAUCUUGUGGUGAUCCCAUGGCAAUCCCAUGAUGAUCCCAUGGCAAUCCCAUGGUGACCCCAUGGCAGUCAUCAUCAUGGCAGUCCUGUGAUGAUCCCAUGAUGAUCCCAUGGCAAUCUGUGGCAAUCCCAUGGUGACCCCAUGGCAAUCCAUGGCAGUCCUGUGAUGAUCCCAUGAUGGUGCCAUGGCAAUCCCAUGUCCAUCCCCACCCUCCACGGUGCCCAGGCACACAGGAACCGGCCCCACAUCCUGGGGUUUGUGAAAUCCCCACCUCAAGUCCUGUUCUGAGCUCGAAGGGGGUUCUGGAGCAGGGGUGAGGGGGUGACUGCAGUGCCUUAGGGGGGCCUUGGCCCCAUUGCCCUGCUCCAGGGGGGCCAGCACAGCCCAUCCCAGGUGGGGAGGGGCUGGCACAGACCCCCAGCAUUUCCCUCUCUGGAUCCCUUUGCCUUUUCCUGUGGGGAGCUCUGUAGGAUUUAUCCCCUUUGCCAUGUCCUGUGGGGUCAUGGAUUGCCCUGGGAUGCUGUGGACUGCACUGGGGUGCUGUGGGCUACAGGGCUACAGGGCAGAGGAGGUGGGGAAUCUGUAAAACAAAGCCCUGGGGCAAAUGUCUCUGUGAAUAAAGGCC